AUGAAGCUCCUGCUGGCACUGGUGGCCGCUCUGGCCGUGACCCAAACUUCGUUCUCCUACAAAAUCCAGGACACCUCGAGGUCCCUUGAGGAUGACUUCCUAGACUUCAUCGCCCUGAUCCCUCAGGACAAGGUUAUAGAGAUCGUCCACGACUAUGCCGCCAACGACGCCGAGUUCCAGGCGACGAUCAAGUACCUCCAGUCGGAGGAAUUCAAGAAGCUCAUCCUGGCCGUCGACGCCCUCCCCGAGUACAUCGACUUCCUGAACUACCUGCACUUCGCCGGGAUAGACGUUUACACGGGAAUCAACCAGAUCCAUGAAAUCCUGGGACUGGAGGGACUGAAGCCUCCUUCGGGCAGAAAGAUCCAGCCUAGGAUCACUGGAGGACUCACCGGGCUCCUGGAGGACAUCAAGAACGUGCUGCCCAUUCAAGAAAUCAGAGCCCUCUACCAGGAGAAGCUGAAGACCUCGAAGGCCUUCGCCGAAUUCAUCAAGGUGAUCGAGUCCCCUGAGUUCCAGAAGAUCGUCGAUGCCCUGGAGGCCAACCCGGAGUUCCAGCACAUCAUUUUGACAGCGGAACAGCACGGGAUCGACGUCCAGGCCGUCGCCGACUUUCUGAACACGGUCUUCGGUCUGAAUUUCCCAGAUAAGUCAACAAGGUCCAUCAGGGCCUCCGACCUGGCCAACGACUUGCAGGAGUUCCUGGACCUGAUCCCCAUUGAGGAAAUCGUCGACGUCGUGCUGACCUACCUGAGCAAGGACGCACAGGUGCAGCAAGCUUUCGAAUACCUGCAGUCUCAGGAGUUCCACCAGCUGGUCCGCGACAUCGAAGCUACCCCUGAAACCGGCGAACUCCUGGAGUACCUCUACCACGCCGGAGUUAACCCCUACUUCUGGCUGAACAAGGUGCACGAAAUCCUUGGCAUGGAGCCAAUUAACAGACCCGGCAAUUUCAAGGCCCCCGUCAGGGUCGCGAAGAUCAGCGGUGGUGGGUUCGCUGGCAUGAUCUUCGACAUCAAGGCCAUCAUCCCCUUGGCCAAGCUGGAGGCCCUCGCCAAGCACAAAAUGCAGACCUCGAAGGCCUUCGCCGAGCUGAUCCACACCCUGAGCUCCCCCAUGUUCCAACGUCUGGUCGAUACUCUCAUGGCCAACAAGAGCUUCCUACACCUGCUGGACGAGAUCGAGAAAUUCGGCAUCGACCUCAAGGGUGUCGCCGAUUUGCUGAAGACCGUGUUGGGCAUCAACAUCUCCAGGCCGAAGAGGUCCUCCUCGGGUCCCUUAGCAGAGGACCUCAAGGAGUUCCUGGACCUCGUCCCUUCCGACAAGAUCUUCCCCCUCGUCAUCGACUACGUGGUCUCCGACAAGGAGGUCCAGCAUACUCUCCUCUAUCUGAAGUCCCAGGAGUUCAAGGACCUCGUCGUUUCCAUCAGCGAGAUCCCCGAGUUCGUCAACUUCGUCCACUACCUCAACAACGCCGGGAUGGACGUGUACUUCUGGAUCAACAGGCUCUAUAGGUACCUCGGGAUCGAACAGAUCUACCCCGUCAACAGGAACGUCGUCUCUUCGAGGCAGAUCACCGGAGGGUUCUCAGGACUCCUCGCUGACGUCAAGGCUCUCCUGCCCCUUGAUGAGAUCGCCGCCCUCUACGACCAGAAGCUGAAGACCUCGGAGGCAUUCGUCGACCUGGUCGAGCAGAUGAAGUCUCCGGACUUCCAGGCCAUCGUUGACGCCCUCCUCGAGAACGAGAUCUUCAUCUCGCUUCUUGUUAAGGCCGAAGAGGCCGGUGUCGACCUCGUCGCCGUCAUCGACCUCCUCUACACGCUCUUCGGCAUCACGACCAACUAA